AUGAAUAAUAGCUCAGCAGCGACGAGCUUAACAGCUCGAAUGUCCCCGAUGAUACCACACUCUCACCAUUUUCGCCAAUGUCAAGCAACCCCCGGUCGUGUCUUCUUAUCUAGACCAUCUCGCAACAGUACUCCAAGAAUCGUUUGCAUGGCGGAGCCAUAUUUGAUAACCAAGCUGGAAUCUGCUGAGAAGACUUGGAAAGAAUUAUCCGUGAAGCUGGCGGACCCAGAUGUGGUUUCAAAUCCCAGUGAAUAUCAAAAGGUGGCUCAAUCCGUGGCAGAGCUUGAUGAGGUGAUUUCAACUUUUAGGAGAUUCAAGGAUUGUGGAAAAAUGCUAGAAGAUACCAAAGCUAUAGCGAAAGACGAUGGAAAUGAUGAAGACAUGGCAGAGAUGAUAGCAUAUGAAAUUGAGUCAUUAUCCAAGGAACUCAAAGAGCUCGAAGAGAAGCUUAAGGGUCUUAAUUUUGAAAUUGCAUCUCGUGUUGAUAGGGCAGGUACUGGUGGCGAUGAGGCUGGACUAUGGGCAGGUGAUCUUGUAGUUUCUAAACCAGAAAAUGAUGGAAAGCAUACUAGAAUAAAAAUUUUGGGUGUGAAUAUGGGACAAAGAUUGCUAGGCUUUCUGGAAAAAGUCCGUAUGUAUCAGAGAUACAGUGAGCGGAACUCUUGGAAGGUCUCUGUCAUUUCAAGUUCUGAGACUGGGAAAGGUGGAUACAAAACCUUUGUGAUGGAGGUCAAAGGAAAUCAUGUCUACAGUAAAUUAAAAUACGAGUCUGGUGUUCAUCGAGUUCAACGUGUUCCUCAAACAGAAGCACAGGGACGUGUGCACACUUCUACUGCAACUGUAGCCAUCAUGCCUGAGGUUGAUGAAGUUGAGGUGGUGAUUGACCCAAAAGACUAUGAACUCACAACAGCAAGAUCUGGAGGUGCUGGAGGGCAAAAUGUAAACAAGGUGGAGACAGCUGUUGAUCUUUUUCACAAACCAACGGGAAUCCGCAUCUUUUGUACUGAGGAAAGGACACAACUUAAGAAUAAGAAUCGCGCUCUCCAACUUCUGCGAGCAAAACUGUAUGAGAUAAAGGUCAGGGAACAGCAAGAAUCAAUAAGGAAUCAGCGAAAAAUUCAGGUUGGUACAGGUGCUCGUGCAGAAAAGAUUCGAACAUACAACUACAAGGAUAAUAGGGUCACUGAUCACCGGUUAAAGGUGAACUAUGAGCUCACAUCUUUUCUUGAUGGCGAUAUAGAGAAUGCUGUUCAGGCUUGUUCUGCAAUGGAGCAGAAGGAGCUCCUGGAAGAACUUGCGGAGUCUGUAGGUGCACCAGCUGUUUGA